AUGUCUGGAUAAUCUGCAAAUCUUUCCCAUUUACCAAAAUUAGUAGCUGUUCACCCUCUAGUUUUGUUAUCUGUAGUUGAUCACUUUAACAGAGUUGCAAAAUCAAGCAAAAAUAAGCGUGUAGUUGGUGUUUUGCUUGGUUAAAAAUCUCAAGGAAAAGCUGAUGUUACUAAUUGCUAUGCAAUUCCUUUUGAUGAAGAUCCAAAGCAACCAAAUAUAUGGUUUGUUGAUCACAUUUAUCACGAAACCAUGUUUAACAUGUUCAAAAAGGUCAAUGCCAGAGAAAAAGUUUUAGGAUGGUACACAACUGGAAAGCAUUUUAAGCAACAUGAUAUUCAAAUUAAUGAAGUAUUCAAGAAAUACUGCCCUAAUCCUAUCCUUUUGAUUGUAGAUGUUUAGCAUGAAGAUAAACUUGCUUUGCCUACUGAAACUUAUUGUGCUGUUGAAGAAGUCUCAAAGAACGGUGAAAUAAUUUAAAAUUUUGUUCAUCUCCCCUCAACUGUAGAAGCUUUCGAACCAGAAGAAAUAGGUGUUGAGCAUCUUUUAAGAGAAAUUAGAGAUGUCUCAGUUAACACUUUAACAAACCAAGUUACAGAUAAAAUUUAAGCAUUAAAGGGUAUGAUGGGAAAAAUUUAAUAAAUUAAACUCUACAUAGAAGCCGUUCUUGGAGGUAAAGUUCAAGCAAAGAAUGAUAUCCUCUUUAAGAUAUAAGAAAUAUUGAACUUACUACCUAACUUAAAUAAUCCAGAAAUAAUUAAAUCAUUUGCUUCCAAAAAUAAUGAUUAAAUGUUUGUCUUAUAUAUAUGCUCCUUAUCUAAAUCAAUUAUUUCUCUCCACUCUCUCAUCAACAACAAAUUAUAAAAUAAAGAAGCUGAGUUAGAAAAACUUAGAGAAGCAGACAAAAAAGUUGAUGAAAAGAAAGAAGGAAAUAGCACUGCUGCAGCUGGUGCUGAAAAAAAAGAAGAAAAGAAAUGA